CCCUGCGGCUACGGGGCAGUAGGGAGGACAGAAAGGCAUUGUUCUCUGUCGGGCUGGGCAGAGACAGGACGGUCCCGUGAAGGAUGGAGGAGAAACUCCCCACCGGUAUCAAGCCCUACCUGGACAAGCUCACCCUGGGCGUCACAAGGAUACUGGAGACUUCCCCAGGAGUUGCUGAAGUGACUUUUGUGGAAAAGGAGCCAGCUGAACGCCACACAAUCGUCUCUUGGGAGCAAAAAAACUCCUGUGUAUUACCUGAGGACUUAAAGAACUUCUAUCUGAUGACCGAUGGCUUCCAGAUGACCUGGAGUGUGAAAACUGAUGAUACCCCAAUGCCCCUGGGCUCCAUGGUGAUUAACAGUGUCUCGAAGCUGUGUCGGCUUGGGGGUUCCUCUAUGUACACUCUGCCUAGUGCUCCAACUCUUGCUGACCUGGAAGAUGACACAGACGAGGAAGGUAAUGGAGACAAACCAGAGAAGCCACACUUUGAUUCUCGUAGUCUUAUCUUUGAAUUAGACCCAUGCAAUGGGAAUGGGAAAGUCUGUCUUGUUUAUAAGCAUGCUGAACCAGUGGUCUCCCCAGACACAGAGAUCUGGUUCCUGGACAGAGCUCUGUAUUGGCAUUUCCUCACCAAAACCUUCACAGCCUACUACCGCCUGCUCAUCACCCACCUGGGUCUCCCACAGUGGCAGUAUGCCUUCACCAGCUAUGGGGUCAGCCCCCAGGCCAAGCAAUGGUUUAACAUGUAUAAACCCAUAACCAUCAACACUGCACUCCUAUCUGAAGAAACUGACUCCUUUGUGAACAAGCUGGACCCCAAUAAGGUAUUUAAAAGCAAGAAUAAAACUCCAGUGCUCAAGAAGAAGCCACCUUCACAGCCACCAGGCUCCCAAAAGAGUCACACGAGCACGACCUCUGCCAAGACAUCCUCAUUGGCUGGGAAUUCUUCAAGGAAGUGAGCCUGCCAGAUCUCACCCUGGACAACAUUUGCAAUGGUGACAUGAUUUACAAUAAUCCUGAAGUAGAAGCUGCAAGAUCCCUCCCUUUUGUGGGAACUGCUGAGCAAAGAGUCAAUGGUCUUGAGACCCAAUCAACCAGGAGGACCCCUUGGUUUGUCACACAUUCAUUUGCAAAGCUGACCAUUGAAACAGACACUUUUCAUUUGGGCAGGAUCUCACCAGGGGCCACUGAGAUCCUACAGCCUUAGAAGCCCCUGAUGCUGUUUUCUGUGCUGUAAAUUUUCAGAUUAGAGAUGCACUUUAACACUGCUGGUUUUCAGUUACUCCUGUUUGUUUCCAUUACUUUUCUAUGCUAUUCUGUCUUCCAAAUAUGCUGGAAUCAUGGUAGCACCCAACACAUUUUGUGCCUGAAUAUGGAAAUCGAAAUCACUGUCUUCAAGUAAGCAUUGACUAUUUAAACAGCAUCACCUCUAAUUUUUGAAACCAUCACAUAACUACGUAGACAAACCUACCUCACAGGGAUGUUGUGAGGCUUUCAUGAGAAUUUGUAUGGCCUUCAGAAAGAUGAAGCCAUCCUGUAAGUGCUUAAUAAUAUUUUAAUAAAUACUUGAAUAUUUUCCUCCAAAGUGAUUGGGUAUUUGAAGAUGCUUUGGGGAGGUCAUGGGCAUGGGAUGCAAAGGAUGUAUGGCAAGAGCAGUGUUCAGGAUGGAUUGUUUGGGGUGGUUUUUUUUAAUGCAGUAGAGAAUCUGGCAUUGAGAAGGGGUGGGUCACAGUACUUUUAGCUAAUCCCUCUUGAGCUACUCAGAAAUUCCCUGUUUAUUUCACACAGGCCAAAAGACUGAACUGUUGUGUGCUAGGUAUUCUACUAGUGUCCUGCAGUCACUGUACAAAAUCUGCAGCCAUCAGCCCCUGCUCAGGUGUGUUUUGUGGCUUCCAGCACUGCCAAGGGCCCACCUUCAAGUGCUGUUGCUGCAUUGCCUGGCAGCCACUCUCUGCCACCCCCAGAUGACAAGAAAUCCUCUAAUGCACUCUCUCAAGCCCAUGUGCAUCUUGAGACAGGUGAAGAUAUGUUGUAGCUGCUCUACUGGUAUAAAGGGAGCUCUAAUAAGAAAGCACAUGUGAGUAUUUCCCACCCAACCCCACGCCAUGCCGUAGCAAUAGCUCAGUUAUCCUUUUCAUAUUGGGAUGGGAAUGAUCAUUACAGCCAGUAAAUGCCAUUUUCUGGAAUUCUGUGCAGUAGCGAUGUUCUGUCACUUCCUACUCUUGGAGACCUCUGUAUGGUUUAUUCAUGGCACCCAACACUGGGACUGCAGUUAUGUGCUUGACAUACAUACCAUACUUGCUUAAGCACUUUCUAGAAAAGUUAAGACUGUUGUCACCCUCCUGGGAAGAGGCAGCUUCUGAUAGUGUUCUGUUUUUAGUCCAGUGACAGCUCCAACUUGUAAGGCUGUCACAAGCACACUUCCUCAUUCAGAUGAAGGUAGCAGAAUUCCUGCAGCAGCAGGGCAACCUCUUACAUUUCUUAUGCAUUCAGAGUAGAAAAAAAUUAUGAGGGGGGGCAGUUUGUUCAAGCUUUUGGAGACACUGUCACAGAAGUUCCCUGACUUCUUUUCUGUGGUGAUAGUUGGUGUAGCUCAAGUCUCAAGUGUCAGUACAUACAUUGUUCUUUGAUGCCACCGUGUUCCAGCAGAACUGUGGCAGGAUUCAGGAGACUGUGUAGUUUAGUUUAGUGAUUUUGUAAUGCUUCCUGAAUGUUCAGAUUAAAAAAAAAAAAAAAAAAAAAUUAAAAAAACCCAAGCAUGAACAAAACCCUAACAACCCAGCAGGUUCACGUUUCUAUUUUAGACUGUCCUUGUUGUCUCUUCUGUGCUGUUCCAAACUCGGGUGACAGAUAUGCAAAUGAAGCAAGCCUAGGCCCUUGGUCCAUCACUGUAGUAUCUGCCUCUUACCAAAGAAUAUUCCAGAUUAAAAUUUCUGUGUUAAUUAACUAAAUCAUGUUGUAUCUGCCACUGUUGAUAUGUGUAUUUUGAUGUAAAUGAAUAUAUAUCUAUCUAGAGA